AUGGCUGCUGCAACUCCCAGAAAGAAAACCUUCCUGUCUCCUACCAAAUCGAACAAAACCCCAACUAAUAUCUAUCGCAAAUCGUAUUUAUCUCCUUCUUCUUCAACCUUGCUCACUCCCCAAACCCCAAAUACCCUCACUCCUCUUCGCAGAUCCGCUCGUCAUGUUUCUCGGAAGAUCGAUCUGGGAAAUGAGCCGGAGAAUCUCGCCUCAAUCGAUGUCCCGGAGAGAGAAUCGACGGAAGAGAUGAAUCUAAUUCGGAAAAGGGAGAGAGCGCCCAGAAAUCGAACCACUGAUGAUGAAUCCGAAGGGAACUUGAAGAAAUCGGAGAAUCUCAGAACCCCGAAGAAGAAAAACUGUAUAUCCAAAGUCAACGACAAAGAUUCAAUAGACGCGGAAGUUUCCUUCUCUCCCGUAUCCCCAAUUCGAUCGGAGACGACGAAGAAAAGGCCAAAAUCCGGAGAGAAGAAAAUUAAUCCAGCAGGAUCCAACAAGAGAGUCUACUACAGUAAAGUGGAAUUCGACGGCGUCGAAUUCGAAGUCGGAGAUGAUGUGUAUGUUAAGAGAAGAGAAGGCGCCGCCUCAGACGAAGAAGACGACCCAGAAAUCGAAGAUUGCAGGAUUUGCUUCAAAUCAGGUAGUAACAUAAUGAUUGAGUGCGAUGAUUGCUUAGGUGGGUUUCACUUGAAAUGCUUGAAGCCGCCAUUGAAAGAGGUUCCAGAAGGUGAUUGGAUCUGCCAAUUUUGCGAGACUCGAAAGUCAGGGCAGACGCUCGCGGUUCCGAAACCACCGGAAGGGAAGAGACUGAUGAGAACGGCGAGGGAGAAGCUUCUUUCUAGCGAUCUAUGGGCUGCUCGGAUCGAGAAACUGUGGAAAGAAGCCGAUGGUGUGUACUGGAUUCGAGCUCAUUGGUAUAUGAUACCCGAAGAGACUGCUUCAGGGAGGCAAUCGCAUAAUCUGAAGCGAGAGGUUUAUCUCACGAACGAUUUUGCUGAUGUAGAGAUGGAAUGUAUACUCAGGCAUUGCUUUGUGAAGUCUCCAAAGGAGUUUUCAAAGGCGAGCAAUGAUGGUGAUGAUGUGUUCUUGUGUGAGUAUGAAUACGAUGUGCAUUGGCAUAGCUUCAAGCGUCUAGCUGAAUUAGCUGAUGAAGAUUCCGAGAGUGACCAUGAAUGGAACUCUAGGAAAGUGGAGGAGGAGGUUGAUAGUGAUGAAGAGAUGGAGUUUGAUGAUGAGGAAAGUGCUCGUGGAGAUUCAAAGAGAGAUUCGAAGAGUAAGAGAGGUUUAACUACUGCAAAAGCUGCGAAUUCUCUUAAAGGUCGUUUCUUUGGGCUCGAGAAAGUGGGAGCGAAGCAGAUUCCUGAACAUGUGAGAUGCCAUAAGCAGACUGAGUUGGAAAAAGCGAAAGCUACUUUGUUGUUGGCGACACGUCCCAAGUCUCUUCCUUGUAGGAACAAAGAGAUGGAAGAGAUCACUGCGUUUAUCAAAGGUUCGAUCUCUGAUGAUCAGUGUUUAGGAAGAUGUAUGUACAUCCAUGGUGUUCCAGGGACAGGGAAGACUAUUAGUGUACUAUCUGUUAUGAAGAAUCUAAAAGCUGAGGUUGAAGCCGGAAACGUAAGCCCGUAUUGCUUCGUGGAGAUCAAUGGUCUCAAGCUGGCUUCACCCGAGAACAUCUACACAGUAAUCUAUGAAGCGAUGAGUGGUCAUCGUGUAGGUUGGAAGAAAGCUCUACACUCUCUCAACGAGAGGUUCUCAGAAGGUAAAAAGAUUGGGAAAGAAGAAGAGAAGCCUUGCAUACUUCUCAUAGACGAGCUUGAUCUUCUAGUCACAAGAAACCAGUCUGUUCUGUACAACAUUCUUGAUUGGCCUACAAAGCCUAACUCCAAGCUGAUUGUGUUGGGGAUAGCAAACACUAUGGAUCUUCCGGAGAAGCUGCUUCCUCGGAUCUCAAGCCGAAUGGGUAUACACAGACUAUGUUUCGGUCCUUACAACCACACUCAGCUGCAAGAAAUCAUUUCCACAAGGCUUAAAGGAAUCGAUGCUUUCGAGAAGCAAGCUAUAGAGUUUGCUUCGAGGAAAGUAGCUGCGAUCUCUGGAGAUGCAAGACGUGCGCUUGAGAUAUGCAGGCGUGCCGCAGAAGUAGCGGAUUACCGUCUAAAGACCAACAAAGCCGCGAAGAACCAGCUUGUGAUUAUGGCUGAUGUUGAAGCAGCGAUACAGGAGAUGUUUCAGGCACCUCACGUUCAAGUAAUGAAGAGCGUGUCGAAGCUGAGUAGGAUCUUCUUGACGGCUAUGGUUCACGAGCUUUACAAAACAGGAAUGGCGGAGACGACGUUCGAUAGAGUGGCGACGACAGUGUCGUCUCUUUGCUUAAACAAUGGUGAAGCUUUUCCUGGUUGGGACAGUCUUCUCAAAAUCGGUUGCGAGCUCGGUGAAUGCAGAAUCAUUCUCUGUGAAGCUGGAGAGAGGCAUAGGUUGCAGAAGCUGCAGCUGAAUUUUCCAAGUGAUGAUGUUUCUUUUGCAUUGAAAGACAACAAUGAUCUUCCAUGGCUUGCUAAUUACUUGUGA